AGAAAAAAAAUGGACAAAGAUAAUAAGUUAAGGGACGUGUUGGUGUCGACUCACUGGAAUUCCCUUGGUGGGCUGAGAUCUUAUCCACAUCUGGAAAGUUUUGCUGGUGAAGAUGAAGAACCGGGACACCCCACGAAGAAGUACGAGGAGAAUAACGAGCCAAGCACAUGAUGAACCGAAGAAUUGACCCAGUUGCCUAUAAACCGUAAGCUGCCGAUGGCAAGGAGUGCCCGCAACGCGUGCAAUCCUAUUUUUGGUGAGCGUGAUCUAUGUUUAGCCGAAGCGCGGACGCUCCCUAUAAGUUCAAGCAGCGGAGAUUAUGAACCCCUCCGACACCGCUGAGCCGAGCAACCACCAACCUCGCUCGCAUAUAAAAUAAUUCAAAUGAAUUAUUUUAUCAUAUACCUCUAAAUCAAUCAUCGCCGAUGUUCCAACAUCCUAUACAACUCAAAUCAGUUAUGAAGAAACUCAAUUAUGAAACAAGGUAGCGGCGCCGGCAAUUUCAGUUUCAGAAACACAAACUGUCAACAAUAGAUAAAAUCAAGUCCUUGAAAAAAAUAAAAAUAAUUUUUAGAUAAUAAUUUAGUAAACAAAAACUACUUGUCAACAUUUAUAGAUUUUGUCACCAUUUGCAUGGUUCAACGGAGCUGAUAAUAAUUACGAAGGCUACCUGGUGGGGUAAGAAGUGGGGGAUCCAACACCACAGUCCUGAUGAAGUUAUAAGACCGGCUUAACAAGAGGAAACCCCAGUCCAGCUGGACAGCUUCAACCUCAACUUUGUAUAUCCACAUUGACCGCAACAGCAAUGUUACUCGUGUACCGCUUGUUAGCGGCCUUGGCAAUAACUUCAGUUUGUUAUUGCGAGUCUCCAGCAGAUGAUCCCGCACUCAUAGCACGUGCUCAGGAGCUCUUGUACAAAAUAAACAAAGAGUACGGCGAGUGGAGUUACAAAGUAUCAGUUGCGGCGUGGAAUUACGCAUCGAAUAUCACAGAUCACAAUUUAGCCGUUCAGUUGAAUGUAUCCGCUCAAGUCGCUGAUUAUGUCAGGGAAGUUUAUAAAGAAGUCAACGCCUUUCCUUGGAGAAAUAUCUCGGACUUUAAUAUUAAGAGACAGUUUGCCGAAUUGGCGACUCCGGGGUCUGCCGCUUUGUCUCCUGAAAAAUACAGGCAGUAUGAUGAAGUAGUAAACAAAAUGCAGAGUACUUACUCAACAGCAAAAGUAUGUCAGUAUAAAAAUCAAAGUAAUUGCAAUCUGGCGCUAGAGCCAGAGCUCACUGAAAUAUUGAUCCGCAGUCGGGAUCCAGAAGAGUUGAAAUAUGUUUGGCAUGCUUGGAGGAACGCGUCGGGAAGAAAUGUCAAACAAGAUUUUAUUAAGUAUGUUGAAUUGAGCAAUGAAAUUGCUAGGUUGAAUAAUUAUACUGACAUGGCGGCGUUUUGGAUGAAAGAGUACGAAGCUGAUGAUUUUCCUCAGCAAAUUGAGGCGAUAUGGCAACAAAUAAAACCGCUGUACCUUGAACUACAUGCGUAUGUUCGCGGUCAACUUCGUCGGAAGUACGGAGAGAAUGUUGUGUCUAAGGAUGGUCCUAUUCCAGCACAUUUACUUGGAAAUAUGUGGGCUCAGACCUGGAAUAAUAUUGCUGAGUUUACUACGCCUUAUCCGGGGAAGAAAUUACCUGAUGUUACUGAUGCUAUGGUUGAACAAGGCUACAAUGCAACAAAAAUAUUCCGGGUAGCUGAAGAUUUCUUCACAUCACUAAACUUAAGCCCAAUGCCAGAUACAUUUUGGCAAAAUUCAAUUCUAGAAAAACCCGAAGGCGUAGAAUUAAUUUGUCACGCAAGUGCUUGGGACUUUUACGACGGCAAGGACUUUAGAAUAAAGCAGUGUACACGUAUCAACAUGGAAGACCUUCGUACAGCUCACCACGAAAUGGGACACAUUCAGUACGACUUGCAGUACAAAAACCAACCCACAGUUUUCAAAGAGGGAGCAAAUCCAGGAUUUCAUGAGGCAGUGGGUGAUACAAUAGCACUAAGUGCGUCAACUCCCGAGCAUCUCCAAGAGAUUGGGUUGCUGGCUGAUGCUUCUACAGACAAAGAAGCUGUCCUGAACCACUUGUACCUGAAUAGUUUGGACAAAGUAGUCUUCUUGCCAUUCGCCUACAUGAUGGACAAAUGGCGCUGGGGUGUCUUCCAGUCGAAAAUAACUCCAGAUAAUUACAACUGCGAGUGGUGGGCACUUGCUGAAGAGUUCCAAGGAAUUGUUCCUCCGGUAAAACGCACUGAAGAUGACUUUGAUCCAGGCGCGAAGUACCACAUUGUCGCGAGUGUUGAGUACAUUCGGUACUUUGUCAGCUUUGUAGUCCAGUUCCAGUUUCACAGGUCACUUUGCAUUGAAGCUGGAGAGUACGAUCCGCAAAAUCCACAAACUAAAGCUUUGAGCGAGUGUAAUAUUUAUGGAAGCAAAGAAGCUGGAAAAUUAUUCAAGUCCAUGUUGGAGUUGGGAUCUUCAAGACCGUGGCCAGAUGCGAUGGAAAAAAUAACUGGACAAAGAAAAAUGGAUGCAAGUGGUCUUCUUGAAUAUUUCAAACCACUAAUGGAUUGGCUUAAAGCAACAAAUGCUAAAAAUAAUGAGAUUAUUGGCUGGAAGAAUUUCGAAAAAACUUGUGAGAAGAAACAAGAGACAUGAUUUUUAAAA